AUGGAAAACCUCAUCGCCGAGCAGCUAAAAACGGCCGAAGCCAUAAAAAGGGCUCAUAUCAAUAUGAAAAAAGAUUCACCAUCGAGAAAAACCAAAGAAUACUGCGAUAGGAAGAUGGCACAAUUAAAUGAAGAAUGGGACAACUUCAAAGAAACUCAUCAGAAGCUACAAGAACUUCCGAAAACCCAUGAAUACCAUACCAAGGACGUAUAUGGGCAAGCCGAAAAGAUUUAUCAACAAGCAAUUGCCCAUUUGGAAAAAAUUGAGCUAAAACUUCAGGAAGAUGGACUUACGACGGAAGGAAGUGCCCACAAACCAUUAAUUACCGAUUCCCAAAUCAUCAAAGAACAGAUGUCGAGCAUUCAAUUAUUCCUGAAAGAUCUGAACAAAAUCAACAACCUACUAGAAGAUGAAAGUCAUUACGAACUACUGAAGGUCAAACAACAAAAUAUGGAAAGAAGAUGGUCAGAAAUUGUCUCUCUGGAAAUCAAAAUAAACGCUCUGGGAACAGAAGAUGCAGAGUUAUAUUCAAAAAAUGGAUACUUCGAUGAGGCAAAUGAAAAGUACGAAGAAACCCAAGCCAAAUUAAUAACCACAAUCCGAAGAGAAAAUUCAGCAGGAUCCUCAAAAAUUAAUCUUCCAACUACAACUAUUCCGACAUUCACUGGACUGUAUGACUCAUGGCCCAACUUCCGAGAUAUAUUCAAGCAACUAGUAGACAACAACAGAUCCUUCGGAGGUGUAGAAAAAAUGCAACUGUUGAAAACAAAUCUCAGAGGAGAGCCCGCCAGAAUUAUCCAACAUCUGGAAAUAUCAUCUUCCAACCACCAAACGGCCUGGAAACUCAUAGAGGAAAGAUACAACAACCCAAGGAUGCUGUUCAAUAAACACAUGGACAAUCUUCUCAAUUUCACCAAUCUGAAUCCUGAAUCAGCAGGAGCCAUGAAGAAAUUACACGACACUAUUAGGGAAAGCACAGAAGCCCUCAGAAACAUGAAUAUAAACAAAUGGGAAGACAUAAUUGCAUAUAUCAUGCUAAGAAAACUGGAUUCAACUACAGCAAAUCUCUACGAGCAAAGUGUAAACAAGCCACGAGAUAUUCAGCACCUGGAUGACCUCAUCAGCUUCCUAGCUCAACGUUUCCAAACACUUGAAGUCGUCAGAACGAAUACAAAAAAACCAGAAAGAAAGUACGAUGAACACCAGAAAAUAAACAGUCACCUCCAGAGAACAACAAAAUGCAGCAUAUGCAAUAAUCUCCACGAAAUCUACAGAUGUGAAAAAUUCAAAAAUCUUAGCUUAGCUGAAAGAGAAGCACACAUCAAUCAAAAACAACUAUGCAGGAACUGCCUGAGUCACCACUUCAAACAAAUCUGUCACUGUCGUUCCAGAUGCCAAAAAUGCAACGGUCGCCAUCAUACAAUGCUCCAUCGAGAAAAGCGAAAUGAUGAUACAAAAAGGCCACAUCCUUCCAACCCCACUCAAGAAAGGGUCAAUUCACAUCUGGGACACGCAAAGAACAACCUUCAAGAAUCAAAGACCUCAGUGCUAGCAACCGCCCUCAUCAGAGCUACCAACAAAAACGAUGAAAAAAUAACUCUAAGAGCCCUGAUUGACCCAGGAUCACAAGCCUCUUUCAUCACAACGGCCGCAGCUCAAGCAUUGGGAAAACAAAAAAUCAAACAAAACGCUGAAAUAACCGGCCUAGGAAAUACCGCUACGGAAUCCAGGUGGAAAAUAAAUACGAACAUUACACCCAACUUCGAUAGUGAAUUUGCGAUGGACGCUGAGCUCAAUGUAAUAGGCAAAGUUACAAAUAAUAUGCCAUCCACUCACCUUUAUACCAAAAUCAACUGGGACAAUAUACAACUCGCAGAUCCAUUAUUCCAUGUACCAGGUCCAAUCGACGUUCUACUCGGAAUUGACUACUUCCCCAAGUAUAUGAAGUCGGGAUUCAAGGCAACAGAGGAUGGACUAGUAGCACAAAACACUCAUUUCGGAUGGAUUAUUAGCGGAACCGCAUCAUCGAGUCCACAACUUCGUGUAGCAAGCUUGAUCACGAAUUUGAAUGAAAAUUCACAACUCACAAAAUUCUGGAACAUCGAAGAAGCAGAAAAUUCCGAGGAAACAACAAACGACGAUACUUUCGUCGAAGAAUUUUACUCCAACACCUUUCGACGGGACGAGCACGGUUAUACUGUGAAACUUCCAUUCAAGAAAAGUACAACUCAGCUAGGAGAAUCGAAGCAGAGGCCACUGGCACGACUAUUUCAAUUGGAAAACAAGCUGGAUAAAGACGAAAAGCUCAGAACUAUGUAUAAAGAAUUCAUGCAGGAAUACAUUGCGCUAGGUCAUAUGAAAAUUGCUAGCUCAAAUAAUUCAGCGAAGAGGUAUUAUAUUCCACAUCAACCUGUAUUGAAAGAAGAACGUGACACGACAAAGCUAAGAGUCGUAUUCGAUGCAAGCGCAAAGACAAGUACCGGACUCAGCCUAAACGACAUUCUUCACACAGGACCUAAACUACAGCAGGAUCUCAUAGAUAUUCUGAUAAGAUGGCGAAAACACAAAAUAGCCAUAACAGCUGACAUCGAGAAAAUGUAUAGGCAGGUGAAAUUGGACACAGAAAACCAGCCAUUACACUCUAUACUCUGGAGAAACACCAAAGAUGAGCCAAUUCAAACCUACGAAUUAACCACUGUAACCUACGGUACAGCACCAGCAGCUUACCUGGCCAUAAGAACAAUGAGACAACUAGCUACAGAUGAAAAGAAAAACCACCCCCUUGCGGCUGAAAUAGUGCUACAGGAUUUCUACGUGGACGAUCUUCUGAGUGGCGCAGACACUAUUGAAGAAGCACUACACAUACAAAAGGAAGUAACUGACCUACUCAAAAAGGGAGGAUUCAAUAUAAGAAAGUGGAAAUAUAACGUACUGACCGAAAGCGAAUCCACCGUCACGCUGGACGACAAAAAUGGACCAACCAAGACGCUCGGUAUAACAUGGACUCCCAGAGAAGAUAAUAUUCAGUAUCUAAUAAAACGAAACUCCGAACAUCGGUUAACAAAAAGAAAAAUCUUAUCAGAAAUCGCCACAAUCCUCGAUCCUCUUGGAUUAUUAUCUCCAGUCAUUAUACAGGCGAAACUGUUAAUGCUAGAAAUAUGGAAAACCAACACAUCUUGGGAUGAACCACCACCAGAGCACAUCAAGAACACCUGGAAAAACUUCAGAAACGAGCUUCCAAAAUUAGAAGAAAUUCAAGUUCAACGCUGGAUUCACCUACGGCGUGGUCAACCCUUGGAAAUACAUGGAUUCUCAGAUGCAUCCCUGAAAGCAUAUGGCGCUGCAGUAUACAUAAAAACAACAGACACAAAUGGGAACACCCACGUAGGACUCCUGGCUUCCAAAUCAAAAGUAUCACCACUAAAAAAUACAAAGACAAUCCCGCAGUCAGAACUCUGCGCAGCCCUUCUUCUAGCCAAACUCAUCAAACGCUGCGUUACGGCCCUGAAUCACAACAAUUCAAAAAUAUUCACCUGGUCCGACUCUCAAGUAGUAAUAUCAUGGAUAAACGCUGACGCUGGAAAGUGGAAAAUGUUCGUCGCGAACAGAGUUCGAGAAAUCCAUAACCUGCUAGGUCAAGGUCACUGGUACUACGUAAGGUCAGCCGAUAAUCCGGCAGAUUUAAUCUCACGAGGAUUGAGACCCAGCGCGCUUGCAAGCAAUAACCUUUGGUGGAAUGGACCCGAAUGGCUAAAACAUGGACUGAAAGAAGAAAUCCAUCUACAAUUACUCCCUUCUGACACACAGGAAGUCACGAAGGAAUUGAAGAAAACAGAAAUUUCCGCGAAUACCGUAAGCGUGGAGAAUCAGCCGAAAAUAUUGAGUAAAUACUCUUCAUGUAAAAAAACGGUGAGAAUUAUGGCGUACUGCAGGAGAUUCCUGAAAACAGAAAAUCGCAGAUCCACCACAUCCCUUGAAGCAGAAGAACUACAGGAGAGUGAAAAAGCUCUUCUCAAGCUUACACAACACACAUAUUUUCAAAAUGACAUUGAGCUGAUCAUCAAAACAGGAAAAGUGAAGAAGUCCAGCCACCUGAAAAGUCUUAACCCAUACAUAGAUCACGAAGGCCUACUCAGAGUAGAUGGGAGAAUACAUAACGCACCCCUAGAAUAUAGCCAAAGACAUCCAAUUAUACUACCCACAAGGAGCCACAUUACUAACCUCAUAAUAAGAAACGCUCAUCAUCAAACCUUGCAUGGAGGAAACCAAGCUACUUUGAAUUAUAUUCGACAAAAGUAUUGGAUAAUUCAAGCGAAGAACAAAGUUAAGCAGAUGAUCCGGCAAUGUGUUGUAUGUACACGAUUCCGAGCAGAGACAAGAAACCAAUUAAUGGUAUCACUGCCAACGCCCAGAGUAGCUCCGUCGCAUCCAUUCACCCACACUGGUGUCGAUUACGCUGGACCGAUACAGAUAAGACUCACCAGAGGAAGAGGAUGUAAAUCCUACAAAGGAUACAUAGCAGAUUUUAUAUGUCUAUCAACGAAGGCAAUCCACAUAGAAGCUGUCACGGACCUUACAUCGACCGCCUUCAUGGCUGCCUUCAGGAGAUUCAUCUCGCGCAGGGGAAUAUGCACCGAUUUGUACUCAGACAACGGCACAAACUUCGUAGGAGCCAAGAAAAUCCUGGACAAGGAAACAAAAGAUGCCAUUGACGAACAAGCCAUAAAAGAAGCAGUUGCCACCGAAGCCGUGAGAUGGCACUGGAACGCUCCAGCAUCCCCCCAUCAUGGAGGUCUCUGGGAAGCUGGAGUCAAGUCCAUCAAAUAUCAUCUGAAACGAACAAUCGGCAAUCACACUUUAACAUAUGAAGAACUGUCAACGUUGCUCUGCCAAAUUGAAGCAUGCCUGAAUUCACGCCCACUAAUAACACUCUCAGAAGAUCCAGAGGAAAUAGAUGUCAUUACACCAGGACAUUUCUUAAUCGGUCACCCUCUCAAGGCGAUUCCAGAAUCAUCACAGCCACCAGAUGAAAGAUUGAGUCUUCGAAAUAGAUGGUCUCUUAUCCAGGCGAUUAAGAAAGACUUUUGGAGGAAAUGGUCCAGCGAAUACCUGACUCGCCUUCAACAUAGAUCGAAAUGGACUAGGAGAGAAGAGAACUUGAAAAUAGGAGACAUUGUGUUGAUAAAGCAAGAACACGUCAACCCAAACAACUGGCCCCUCGCAAAAGUUAGUGAAACGCACCACGGCAACGAUGGUUUAGUACGGGUGGUGACCUUACGCACCAAAGAUAAUCUUUUUCCAAAAUGUAUUUAUGAAUGA